AGAGAUAGACGUUUCCCUCCAUUCAAAAAUGGCGUCGCUCUGAGUUGUCGUUUUUGCAUUGACAUAAUUUAAAAUUUUCUCAAUUUGUAAUCUAAAAACAACAUUUUUUAUAUUUACUACCCCCGAAAAAUGUGGUUGUACGAUCGAUAGUUGCAUUUAAUUUUAUAUUUCAAUAACACAUCAUACUCUAUCGAGACAAUGUCGAUGUAUGGGCGAGGCGUUGAAACAAACCUUAAAAAAAUAGUGUUUUAAAAGUGCAAAAAUGGACAAGAAAAACAAAAAGAAAACUGUUAUAAAACGGAAAAGUGACGAGCCGGCCGAAGGUGAUAAAAAAAAGAUUAUGGUGAAUAGAAAAAGUGAUGAAAAAGACAAAGUGGAAGUGGUCAAUCAAGUGGUGGAGGUGCCCGUGGAAGGUCAGCAGAUAGUGCACACUGGGCAGCUGGUCGAAGGCAACUUCGAGCAGCCGGUGUUCGUGAACAUGAAAGGCGAGCCUGUCCAAAUAGGGCCCAACACCGUCAUACUGUACGAACAAAGCGGGAAUCCGUCGAACUUUGCAUUUGGUGGGAUGUGGACCAUGGAUUCCUCAGGCAGAAUCGUCAUGGCGGAGACUAUUUACGACGUUAAAGGCGAACCUGAAGAGGAAAACACAAAUUUCGUGCAGGCUAACACAGAAGUCAGUAAUCAACAAGUGGAGGAGCAACAAACCACAUACCAACAGUAUGAAAUAAGCAAUAAUGCUACAGUGGAACAGCAGGAGUAUGAAGUAGCCAUCAUCGAGAACCCCACCACUGAGACUCCGGAACGAAGUACUGAACCUCAGGUGAUCACGACGGAGGAGCAGCUGGUGGCGACGGGCGCGGCGGCCGUGCGUUGGCUCAAUCAGAAAUACGACUUUGUUGUCAGAAAACUGCAAUUAAAUUAUGACGCGGGCGUAAAGCUGCUGCACUCAGAGUCGGGCUGCAUCCAGUGCGUAUACCUCACCACGCCCAGCAUGCAGCUCGCGUUCAACGCCGUGCCUCAGUUCCUUUGCAUUGAGACUGGCAUAGAGUUCAACAGCAUGAUACCGACAGUAGGUGGCGGAGGCACUACCAGCGUGAAGCACAACGUGACGCUGUUUCUAGCGGAGGAUGGCAAUGGGAAAUCUGUCAUUGUUAGUGCAGGUAUAUCGACUCUAAUUGAGGAUGACUUGACUUGGUUGUUCGACACGUUCAAAUCGUGCAACCCGGCGUGGCGGCAGGUGCGAUGCGUUGUAUGCGACCCUCUCAAGUGUCAACAGACGGCGCGCGUGGCGUUCCCGAGCGCGCACGUGACGUGCUCGGUGUGGCAAGCGUCGAGCGCGUGCGCGCGGCUGUGCGUGGAGACGGCGCGCGCCGCACGCGCACCGCUCGACGCGCCCGACGCGCCCGCCGCGAUCGCCGCGCGCUGCAAGACGUACGCGCUCGCGCUGCUCAGGGGCGAGCACACCGCCGCGCAGCUACAGGCGCUGAAGCGCGGCAUCGCGGGCUCUGGUCCGACGUCGCAGCGGCUGUGGGACGCGCUGGCGCGCCCUCUCGCGCCAUUACACAAGUUCGACACCUGGCUCGAAGCGGACAACUACACCAAUAUACUGCACAAGGGUCUGGAGCGGCUGGUGGGCAAGUUCCAGAACCUCGUGCGCAACGCGAUGCAGCCCGACGAGUUCGUGUCGUUGUUCUUCAACGUGGCCAACCAGCUAGAGGACGAGCGCAGGAACUUCGCGCUCAGCAGGCUUAGGGAUACAGAAACGCUGAAGCAGUCGCCGACGGACACGAUCACGCAAUACGCGUACAAUCUCAUGAGCCACCAGACGAAGCUGGCGCAGCGGUGUUUGGACGACCGGGCCGGCAGAAGACACAGCAGCGCGGCGAUAUGCAAGUACGGUACUUCCACGCAGGAGUGCUCGUGUCUGUUCAGCAAAGUGUUCCGACUACCCUGCAGGCACAUUCUGAUGCUCACUACUGAGCUAAAGGUGAAGACUCACAUCCCGUUCGAGCCGCGCUGGACGGUGCAGCACUGUCUGUUCGGCUGCGAGACAAACGCGCAGACGGCCAACUCUACCGCGAGUGGCAAUGUGGGAACGUUCAUGGAGCAGGUGGUUGUAGAGGACACGCAGCACCGACAGAACUUGCAGCCCGCGCAACAGAUGCACCAGGUGGGUGGUGUCCGGCAACAGCAAUACGUACUAGCCACGCCCGCGCAACCAGCCACGCCCGUCUCACAGGUGAUAUUCUGCGGCGGCGGCGGCGUUAAUUCGGUCGGAGGGGUGGGGUCGGUGGGCGGCGCGGCGCCUGUCAUCACGUCGGUACUGUCCGCGGGCGGCGCCGUACUCACGCCACACCACACGCUGCACCACUGAACACCCUGCGCCAGGCUCCAGCAAGCUACCUUACGAUGCCAUCUCGUCCCACGUCGAGGCAUAUUGAAUGUUUCGACGUGAGUGACGAACUUACACUGACGUCACAAAAUUGAGACAAUUUAAAUAGUGACGAAGAACGAAUAGCUACGUCAGACUGAGACAUGUUAGCAGGACAAAGCCUAAAGCAGAAACAAUGACAGCAAUGUGGCAAUAUUUGCUGUCUGGCGUGCCUCACAUAGAGGCAAUUUAAGGUGUUGUGUGAACGAACCUCAGAAUGUAUCAAAGUGGAUAGAAUAUUUGUUAAUAAUAGUUUGUAUUUUUACUAACAUUCUCCGUUCAAGUAAGUGUCCCACAGUCUCUUCAUAUUGCAAUUAAGUUAUAAUUUAACAAUGUGUUAAUUUGUUAUAUGAAAUUAUUUGCAAUGGAUUGUUUUUGUUUAAAUUAUUGCUCAUAUGAAACAAAGAGUUAGACUGAUUGUGCACAUUAUGUACUCUAUUUGUUGUUGUUAUCACAUGUUUUGGGAUACUUGUAAUGCAAAAUUACUAUACGUCGAGGUGCGGAGAAUGUUAAAACUAGUGAAUCAACAUAGACAUGUAGAUAUAAGGUGUUUUGUAAAUAACUUUAUUAAUGUAGUUAUAGGCGAGAUUGUCUGCGGCACUUCAAGUCGACUGUGAAAGUUAUAUAAAUCCAUCAGCUCCCAAAGACCAAUUAUGGGACAAGUAACAAGUUCUUAUACACCAUGCUGUCAGUCCCUGCAGGCUGAGGACAUUACGAAUUGUAGUACUGUUUACCUCUCAAGGCAUAAUACUGAGACAUUUUGGACAGUCAUUAUAGAUAAGUAUUGUGAUAUUUCAUAACAUCAGCCUGUAGGGAUGGCACGUUUGGCUGAAGUCAUCCUCUAGGGGUCGACAAUCGGAUGUUUACUACGAGUACUCUUAACUUAUUACUGCAUAGAUGUGUAUUUUAUAAAUAUUGUAUUAAAUAAACUGAUUGGGAGAUGA